UACAUCACGAUGUUCGACCAUCUCUUCCAGCUCCCAAAUUGGUGGAUGUAGACAAAACUCAAUUGGACUUUAUCUCCGUGUUUUUGUCUUUUAAGUGACCAUCCAUCUUCUAGAGACUUCCAGCAUUUUAACACAGCGUUUACCAUGAACAGGAAAAAAGUUUAUCCAACUUCAUAUCGGAACCCGAAAUGUUCUCGUUGUAGAAAUCAUGGCUUUGAUGCCAAGAUGAAGGGCCACAAAGGUUGCUGCCCCUACAUCUUGUGUAAUUGUAUGAAAUGCAUUUUGGUAGAAGAACGGCGCCGAAUUAGCAGACAACAGAUCCUGCUCCAAAGACAUCCCGACAUUAACGUCAAGGAUAUUUUCAAAGGUUGCAUAAGAUGCGAAAAAUUCUGCCAACAGGUGACUGAUUAUUCUAACUGCGUCACUGCAGAUUCUUUCAUGCCAUCACCAAACACCUACCCCGUUGUCCAACAGAUCAGUGGGAAUCAAUCGGUACCAAGCGUUAACCUGCCUUUGAACCUGCAGAUGUCUUCCACCCAGCCACCACCACCCAGUCAUAUCUAUUCUUCUUCGCCUCAGCCAGACUUUGGCUACUACACCCCGAAGACAUCCUUCGCCAUUUCCAACUAUCCUGCUGCCACUUCCAGCAAGAUGUCUGACGUACACAGCAGCAAUAGUAACAUUAGUAGUAGUAGCAGCAGCAGUAAUAGUAGUAGUAGUACUACUACCACCACCACCACCGCCACCUCUACUACUUCUGCCAAUAACACUAUGUAUUAUACUCCAGCGCAGGUGGCCACGAAUGGAGUGGCAAAUUCAGAAUACAGUCCUUCCUACAUUUACCCGAGUAAUGGCUACCAGUUGGCCCGCGCGCCACAAAAUCUAGGGUUCGGUAAUUACAACCGACCUUCAUUAUUCUGGAACACUUUUAAUUAUCCCGUUAAUUCCUGGCCGCAGAAGUUCUGUGACAACUCUGUGCCUUCCAAUGCGAACAAAGUGCAAAUUCCGGAAAACCUGUCUUUCAAGUCUGCGGACAAUCCCUUGAAAUCCUGCAAGCUUGCUGCUGACACCACGAAAUAAGAAACAUGUUCUAGAGAUAUGUGUGUGUUUGAUGAACCACUGUUAAAUUUCUUUCCUUUGUCUACUAUAUCAUACAUUACUAUCCAGAAUAUGUAUGGGGGGGGGGCUCUCCCCUACUUUGGUAUCCACCUACUCUCCCACCAUUGCUCAAAUCCCUCCCACCCCCUUAUCUACCUUCUUCCCUAAAUCUACCCUUUGACCUUCCUUGAUCUUUACUGGUGUCGG